GGGGGCGGAGCCGUAAGCGUACGUCACCAGAAGGGGAAGGUCUUCACGUCAACGUCACUUAGAGGCGGAGCCACAGGGUCGCCUGGGCUUCGUGAAACGGUCCGUCCGGGGAAAGAGAGCGGCGACAGGAGCAGCAAGCAGCGAGUGUGCGGAAACACGACCAAUAAAGCUUCUUUUAGAAACGGACACGUCGGUAUAGAAGAGGACAGGCGGUGAGAGUGAGAGUCUGCGGGAGAAGAUGCUCACCGACAUGAUCGUGGAGGAGGAAUUUGAGCUGAAGGAGGACGAGCCGUGGUACGACCACCAGGACCUGGAGCAUGACCUCCAUCUGGCUGCUGAGCUGGGAAAGACCCUGCUGGACCGGAACCGGGAGCUGGAGCAGGGCAUGCAGCAGAUGUACGCCACCAAUGAGGAGCAGCUGCAGGAGAUCGAGUACCUGUCCAAGCAGGUGGACCUCCUGCGUCAGAUGAACGAGCAGCACGCCAAGCUGUACGAGCAGCUGGACGUUACCGCCCGUGACCUGGAGAAGGGGAACCAGCGGCUGGUGCUGGACAACCGUGCCGCCCAGCAGAAGAUCCAGAGCCUGACGGAGACCAUCGAUGGACUGCAGGUGCAAGUGGAGGAGCUUCAGCGACAGGUGGGGGAGCUGAAAACGCCUCCGUCGGAGCGCCAGGGUACGGGCUCGGCCCAGCAGAGGUGCUCCCUGGGAGCUCGGAGCGUCUCCUGCCUCGAGGAACUAUACAGCACGCGCAGGCGCUCAUCUUAUGAGCAGCGCCACGCCGACUGUGCCCUGUCGGAGAAGGUGGUCAGGGAGCAGGAGGAGAACGCGGCCCUGAAGCGCUCCGUGCAGACGCUGCAGACGCAGCUCGGGACGGAACGGGCGCGGCGCGUCGAGGCGGAGCGGGAAGCCGAGCUGCUGGCCCAGGAGACCGGAGAGCUGGAGCAGCGGCUGGCCGAACUGGAGGGCUGCCGGGCGCGACAGAGGGAGCUGGAGGCGGAGGUGGAGGAGCUACGGCAGCUGUGGCGCUCCGAUACGGCUGGGAGCAGGGAGCUGGACCAGCCGAUUCUCGACGCGCUAUUCUUUGGCACGGAGGAGGGCGCGGGGCCCGCGGAUGAGCUCUGGGCGAAGGCGGCCUCCGAGCAGGGCCGACGAGUCCUGACACGCUGCGGCAGCGAGAGCCAGCUGAAAGCGGGCGGCAGCGAGGAGAUGCGGCGCGGCCACGAGCUCACUUGCGUCCGCCGGGCCGAGGUCAUCAAGCAGCGAGGAAUAUCUCUGCUCAACGAGGUGGAUGCCCAGUAUAGCGCCUUGCAGGUCAAGUACGACGAGCUGCUGCGUCGCUGCCAGCAGGGCCCAGGCAGGCAGAGCCACAAAGCGGUGCAGACGCCCGGAGCGAAGGCCCAGUGUGGCCCGGUGGCCUCCUGCCGGAGCCUGGCUUUCGACGACGAAGGCCAGCAGCCGGAGUACAAGGCGCUCUUUCGGGAGAUCUUCGACUGCAUCCAGAGGACCAAGGAGGACCUGAGUGAGAACAGAGCCAGCCUGAGUCAAGCUCAGUGAUGUUCCUUCAAAGCUCAAAAGUCCAUGAUAGUAUUUAAACUUUUUUUUUUUUCUUAACAGCCUAGCUGAUGGGGAGUGAACUCUUAAUAAAACCUAAAAAUGUUUGAGGACAGGUGAGCAACUAGCUCAUACUUGAGGGUCAAACCUCAAAGUGAUCUUCCAAAGAGCAGCUCCUUGCCUCCAGUGCCUGGAACACAGUACCUUCAGCGCACCUCGAUCGUCCUGCCACUCGUGUCAGACGAGAAGACGUCGAAGACGUCUAAUACCUCCCUGAGUAACCACUUUUUUUUUUUUUUUUUUUUUUUUUGUCAGUUCAUUGUCUGUCUGUCUAACUUAUUUAAAGGCUGUGUUUUUACAGUACACUUAAAUUAAUGGAUAAUGUCACUGCAGGGCUUUUGGCUUGACUGGGUGUCAAAACCUGUUCCAGGCGCUUUGCCUAAGCAGCUACUGAGUUUCGUGUGAGAGUGAAUAAGAGGAGCACCAUGUUAUGUAGCCAAGGAUUGAGAGUGUUCUCUCUCUCCCCCCCCCCUUCUUCUAUGUGUUGGUUGGGUCAACAUAAAAUUUUGAGUAGGCUAUGUAGUGUAUGCAGUCUGUAAUGUGUAGUAGCGAGGACCUUGAGACACGUAUGCACGUAGAGGCUUUGUACUAACAAGUGUAUUUAUAUAUACAGCCUGCGUUUCCAUUAGAAUGCAGUGAAACCCAGCCUGGAUGGAGGCUUCACAGCUCUGCUAAUCUAGUAUGACAUGUUCGUAAUGCACGGUAGGAAAACGAUGUCUGGUGAGCGAAGGCGUGUGACCUUAAAAAGGCAAAGUACUGUAGCAGCACCUUGUUUACUUUCCUCUCUGUUCUGCUGCCUGUUGAAGUGUGUGGGGAGUUGGUGGGUGCUGCGGACGUGUCCAGGGACUGAAGCGGCACUGCCCACCAGCGCCUGAUGGUGCUCUGUAUUCCCACCCCUCCUUUCUCAGACUGUAGAGUUGUAUGAUUAUGCAAGAUGUUCUCACUCACUGUAUUUGACACACAAUGUGACUAACUGUGAUUAACACUCCUGAGUGCAGCAGUGUUUAGUGUGACUGGAGUCACUGUUGGAACUUGGGUAGGGUAGGGAUGGUUUCAAAAUGUUUCUCUAAACAGGGUAAGAUUGCUUAAUAGUUCUGAAAGCACCAAGGAGCAGUUUAAAAAAAAAAAAAAAAA